CGUUUUAACUUGUUUAUCUAAUUUAAGUUUUGUUUUAUCUUCUAUUCACUUCAAGGAUUUUCUUUUCCUUGUGUUGGAUGACUUAGCAUUUGAUUCUGGAAUAUUAGGGAAAUAGUAGUGUGUUUUAGAGAAUGAGAGAGAUAUGUAAACUACAUGAAUAUGUGUAGGAAUUUUCAAGGAAAACCUGUGAAUGUUUUUCUCUAUUUCUAGGCUAUCCUUAUGCUUGUACUUGUAGGAGAAACCUUACUUAUUCGAACUUAAAAAAAUUGUAAGGUAAAUUUCACACAUGCAUAUGGGAGGUUAUUAAUGAUGGGAAAAUGCUAUUUGCACCAUCUGUUUUUACUUCCUCAAUCAUCUACAACCUCUGAUUUUUUUUUUUUCUGCAUCAACAACAUUUUGCCAUUUUAGCUGGGAUAAAGUGGUGGUGUAGAAAUGCCAGCAGAUGUUGCACUAGUUAGAGAAAUGUCACUGCCAAUACCAUUGGUUAUGAGUGCACUUUUACAUAGAGAUAGUACAUUUUACUACCUAUUCAUGGUGUUUAGGUUGGAACCACUGAAAUGAUUCCUAAGUUGAGAGUUCCCAUACAACUCAACUCAACUCAACUAAGCCUUUAUCCCAAAAAAUUGGGGUCGGCUAUAUGGAUUCGCUUUUUCCACUCUGAACGAUUUUGGGUUAAAUCCUCAGAAAUAUGUAAUGCUUCUAGGUCAUGUUGUACUACUCUCCUCCAAGUCAAUUUAAGUCUACCCCUUUUUUUCUUUCUAUCCUCUAACAUAAUGUGCUCUACUUGUCUAAUUGGAGCCUCCGUAUGUCUACGCUUCACAUGACCAAACCACCUCAAUUUCCCUUCUCUUAACUUAUCUUCAAUUGGCACUACUCCAACCUUUUCUCUAAUACUUUCAUUACGGACUUUAUCUAGUCUAGUAUGGCCACUCAUCCACCUUAACAUUCUCAUCUCUGCAACUCUUAUCUUAGAUGCAUACGACUCUUUCAGUGCCCAACACUCACUAUCAUAUAACAUAGCCGGUCGUAUGGCUGUACAAUAAAAUUUUCCUUUCAAUUUAUUGGGAAUCUUACGAUCACAUAAAACUCCAGUGGCACGUCUCCAUUUCAACCAUCCGGCUUUAAUCCUAUGACUAACAUCCUCCUCACAUCUCCAAUCUACUUGAAGGACCGAGCCCAGAUAUUUAAAGUGAUUACUUUGGGACAGUACCACUCCAUUCAAAUUAACUCAUUCCCUAUCACCAGUUUGGCCUUCACUGAACUUGCAAUGCAUGUAUUCUGUCUUUGUUCUACUUAACUUAAAACCCUUUGACUGUAGAGUACUUCUCCAAAGUUCUAGCUUUCUAUUGACUCCUUCUCGUGUCUCAUCUAUCAGAACAAUAUCAUCCGCAAAUAUCAUGCACCAAGGAAUACUAUCUUGUAUAUGUUUCGUCAGUUCAUCUAAAACUAAUGUAAAAAGGUAAGGGCUUAUGGCUGAUCCUUGGUGUAAUCGAAUUGAGAUCGGAAAAUCUCUUGUGUCCCCUCCCACUGUGCGCACAAUAGUAGUUGCUCCUUCAUACAUAUCUUUUAAUACUUGUAUGUACCUAAUAGAUACUCUCUUUUGUUUUAACACAUUCCAUAGGACCUCUCUUGGAACACUAUCAUAAGUCUUCUUCAAAUCAAUAAAAACCAUGUGUAGAUCUUUCUUGACAUCUCUAUAUUUCUCCUUCAAGCUUCUAAUGAGAAAGAUCGCUUCUAUAGUUGAACGACCGGGCAUGAAACCAAAUUGAUUGAGAGAGAUAGAAGUAUCAUGACGUAGUCGAUGCUCCACAACUCUUUCCCACAACUCUCUCCCAUGCUGAAAUAAAAUUCUGGACCUUAGUUUUUGUUCAUUUUCUUUAUGGUAUGAUGUCAUAAUUAAACCAUGACCUUGCUGUUUGCCAUGGUAACUGGUGAGGCAACUUAUUUAAUCUUUGUUUUGUCCGUACUAUGGUUCAUUUUUUGUCUCAAUUGUAUUGUUCUAUUAUACCUUUUCAUUUUAUGCUCCUUACUAUGACCUUAAUUUACUGUUUCAGAUCAUCUUCUUGUAUUAUUUUUGUUUUCCCUUUUAUUUUCUUUAUUAGGCUGAGAUAAUCAUAGUUAUUAAAAGCGCGUCUCAGGCUCAAGGCUCACCAGGCUCGAACUCUAGCGCCUUAUGUGUCUUGAUGUGCACCUUUGCUCCAGGCACAAUAUUCUAGAAAGCCAUUCCUUUUUAAUUUCUACCUUUAGGGAGCACUUUUACUGGCAAAAAGGACUACGACUUAAAUUUGAUAUUUGCCGAUCUAUAAGAAUCCUAUAUUAACGCAUUAGGAAGUUUUUGGAGUUAAUAUCGCUACUGAUAACUAAUCAUCAAAAUCUCAUCAAACCAGCACACCCAAGAUUGCCAACCUCCCAUAUUUCCAUUUACAAUACUACCACUCUAUUAUUAUCUUUUUUAAAAAAAAUGUUACAUCUACACCUAUUUCAAGAUAUGUGCCAAAGGAAAAAGGAAAAACAUCACAUUUAUUUGACUUUUAUGGAUUUUUAUUUAUUUAUUUUUUUUUUACUUUUUUGCCUCACCUCGCUCAGUGCCUUGCCCCUAAGCUUCAGGACCCUUUGGCGCCUUACUGCGUCUUGAGCCUUUAAUAACUAUGGAGAUGAUACGUGACAUUUGGAUGAAUUAAUGUUUAUACUGUGAUGCUUUACAUUAUUAUUUGAAGCAGGUUGUCUAAAGUCUUUAUGCCUAAAAUAAAUAGUUGAGUGGUUUCUCUAGUCAUUCCGAUGGAUGGGUGGAGUUUUUUUAUUUAAGGCUACAAAUGAGGAGCAUUGAUGAGAAUUAUAUGCAUAUAUAGCAGAUAGAAAAAAGAAAACUUUGUUGAGAACAUUAUAAAUAAAACUUCGUCGAGAACAUUAUAAUUGUACAAGGAGAGAGAAUCAAUGCAUAAGUUUUGUAUCUCCAAUCUAUUACUUUUGGGCUUUAAAUAUUUUUAAGAUUGCAUUUGGAUAAAUUCAGAAUUUUAAAUAAUCAUCUUUCUAUGGUCUAACGGACAGCCCAUUGUUUUUUUAAACUAGUUAUUGGUAGGGAUCUCAUGACGUAAUAACGCGUUUUUGUUUAAUGACAUGGAUUUCAAAAUCGCAAUGCAUGUUAGAGAUCCGUUUUUCUUCUUUUUUUUUCCCUCUUCAAGUAAGUACAUAGUUUGAUUAGGUUUCUCUUUGUGCUCUGCCGUUGAAAGCAUUUUCAUGGGUUAUCAAACGCAGGAAAUUUUAGACACUCGUAAGAGAGCCAAGCCCCACAUUUGGACUUUUCGUACACCAGAAGAAGCAUCAUAUCACUGGAAAGAGUUGUUCGGACAUUUGGAUGAAAUGGAAUGAGGACCCAAUAUUAAUUUUACAGCUCCUCUUUAGAGAUGUUGAUGACUUUGUUUUGUUUUUGCUUUACAAAAAUAAGAGAGUAUAGAAACAUUUAGUUGUUUUUUUUUUUAUUUUUUUUAAUUGUGUAUUCUUGUUUUCCAGUCAAUAGAAAUGAUUUGUUUUAUCAUUGUGAGUUGGCAUAGUUCUGAAAGAGCUUGAAAUCAAAAUAAGUGCAAUACAAUAGUGCUCAACCUGGUUGACUCUACAACCAUAAUGCAUCUUGCUUUAAAUUCAAAAUCAUUAAAAUAUAUAUAUAUUCAAUAUUUUUCAUAGGAUGCAUUGUUCAUAUUUGGAAAUUAAAUCCCUUAAAAUUAUUUAAAAAAUGUAAGAUUCAUUGUAACAACUAAUAAUUAUUUUAUUACUAAAUUACGCAAAAAUAUUUGAUAAUUUUUAUCAAUUAAGGCAGAUCCUCUCUCCUUUACAAUUAGUAAAAACAAGUAAAUAUUAUAACCGUAAAAUUAUUAAAUCACAUGCCAAACAAAAUCAUACAAUUUUGCCCAUUAUUCCUUAAAAGCCAGUGCACCUGGUCAAUUUUGAAAGAUUUCAGGCUAUUCAUCGGAUGAAGAAAAACCGGUCAAGUUUUCCUUUAUGGCACCUUUUCGAUACCCACCAGUAAGUUCAAAACCCUUUCCUUCCUCUCUUCCUCACCUUUCUUAAUACAAAUGGAUUAUAGUGAGAGGUCAAGAUUUAUACUUUCUCUCUCUAUUUUUCACCAUAUAUACAUGUGCGUGUGUGUUUAUAUGCAUACAAGGCAAAGAGAAGCUGCUGUUGCAUGCAUGGAAGAUAAAAGCAUGAUAACCAAAGCCUCACAGCUGUCUCCGGUUACCACAAAGAAUGACUCUCUGGUGAGCCAGGUGGUGCACCAGGAAGCCAAAAAGCCAAAAGCUGGCGGUAGUGGUGGUGCAGUUGCAGGAGGUUCUGGAGGAGGCUCGGUGAGUGCUGAAAUAGCAAAAGAGCCAAAACCUGGUGGUAGUGGUUAUGGUGCAGUUGCAGGAGGUUCUGGAGGAGGCUUGGUGAGUGCUGAAAUAGCAAAAGAGCCAAAACCUGGUGGUAGUGGUGGUGCUGCAGUUGCAGGAGGUUCUGGAAGGGGCUGGGUGAGUGCUGAAAUAGCAAAAGAGCCAAAACCUGGUGGUAGUGGUGGUGCUGCAGUUGCAGGAGGUUCUGGAAGGGGCUGGGUGAGUGCUGAAAUAGCAAAAGAGCCAAAACCGGGUGGGAGUGGUGGUGCUGCAGUUGCAGGAGGUUCUGGAAGAGGCUCGGUGAGUGCUGAAAUAGCAAAAGAGCCAAAACCUGGUGGUAGUGGUGGUCGUGCAGUGGCAGGAGGUUCUGGAGGAGGCUCGGUGAGUGGUGAAAUAGCAAAAGAGUUAAAACCUGGUGGUAAUGGUGGUGCAGUUGCUGGAGGUUCUGGAAGAGGCUCGGUGAGUGCUGAAAUAGCAAAAGAGUCAAAACCUGGUGGUAGUUGUGGUGAUGCGGUUGCAGGAGGUUCUGGAGGAGGCUCGGUGAGCGCUGAAAUAGCAAGAGAGCCAAAACCUGGUGGUAGUGGUGGUGGUGGUGCAGUUGCAGGAGGUUCUGGAGGAGGCUCGGUGAGCACUGAAAUAGCAAAAAAGCCAAAACCUGGUGGUAGUGGUGGUGGUGGUGCAAUUGCAGGAGGUUCUGGAGGAGGCUCGGUGAGUGCUGAAAUAAUAGGGAAAAGAAAGAGAGGGAGACCGAAGAAGUUCGAUAUGGAUUCAGAAACAGUAUCGCUGCCUGUGUCUCCUCCACCUGACUUUACAUCUUCACUAUCAGGGACUUAUGAGAAGCGAGGCAGAAGGCGUCCCUAUGGUUCUGGUAGACUGCAACUCUUGGCUUCCCUUGGUGAUUAUGAAGCAGAAACAGCAGGAGGAAGCUUCACUCCUCAUGUAAUGCUUGUGGAUCCUGGAGAGGAUAUUUUAAGUAAGAUUUCAUCAUUUGCUGAAAGGGGUCCUCUAGCAGUUUGCAUUCUUUCUGCUACUGGUGCUGUCUCAAUUGCGACUAUAACUGAACCUUCUUAUGGUGGAAUUUGGCGAUAUAGGGGCCUCUUUGAAAUUCUCUCCUUAUCUGGGUCUUUCACACUUGAUGAAACAAGCGGUGCACAUCGCAAAACUGGCGUGUUAAGUGUUUCCCUGGCAAAACCUGAUGGCCGUGUUUUCGGUGGUACUGUUGUUGGGCCUUUAAUAGCAUAUAAUCCUAUUCAACUUAUUGUUGCCAGCUUUAAGCAGAAUAUCUUCAAGGAACUAAAACUGAGGCAACUAGCAGAAUCUGCAGCAGCUGCUGGCAGUGUGCUUGGCAAUGCAGGAACCGCAGAAGGUGAAGGCCAUGGAACAAGACCAACAUCCACAAAUGGUUCUGAAGCAGGUAACACAACCACAUUCGAUCCUCGGAACGUCAUCAAGUCAGAACCUGGAAAUGAAGAUCUCUAAAUGUUUGCCUAUGACUACAGUCUAGCUAAUAACUGAAAUCUUGGACUCUUUCUUGUUGUUUGUGUAGUGUCUCUCAUCACAUGAUCCCUUGGUUGGGUCUUAAAAGAUGAUUUCAGGGAUAUCAUUUUCUUGCAGAAACUGAAUAAAUGUUUCAUUUUCUAAGAUGCUAUGGCAUGAAUAUGUUGAACAGAAAAUGAAAUGUAAUCUUCUUCUCAAA